AUGGACCCCCAGCACUGCCCUGUGCACCCAGGGGCGGUCUACUGGGAGCACUGGGAGUUCUGGGGGGAGCUGGCCCCUGGCCCCUCGGCAUUGCUGAUGAACCGCAGCUUGGGGGUGAGUUUUCAUCCCGGUGACAAAAGGAGAUUUGGCCACGGGUCUGAGAUUGCCAGAUGUCAGCACGCCACUGGACGGCACGGCAGCGAGCUGGCCCAGCGGGAGCACAACAAACCAACCCUGUAUGUGCCACCCAUGCUCACCCCUGUGGUCUCCCCCAAAAUCAGAGGUGGGGAAGGGUCCCUGCGCCACUGCCUGGCUGAAGAUGUCCAUCCCCCCGCCGCCACCACCCAUCCCAAGGACUGGGACCAGGAUGAGCGCAGGCGUGCCUUGUCUCCAGCCCUGCCUAACGAGGCGCGCAGGCUGAAUCACCAAGAAGUGGUGGAAGAAGAUAAACGACUUAAAUUGCCAGCAAACUGGGAAGCCAAAAAAGCUCGGCUGGAGUGGGAGCUGAAGGUGGAGGAAAAGAAGAAGGAAUGUGCAGCGAGAGGAGAGGACUACGAGCGAGUGAAACUGUUAGAGAUCAGUGCUGAGGAUGCUGAGAGGUGGGAAAGGAAAAAGAAGAGGAAGAAUCCAGAUCUAGGAUUUUCAGAUUAUGCAGCUGCUCAGCUGCGCCAGUACCAGAGAUUAACCCGUCAGAUCAAACCUGACCUGGAGCAGUACGAGAAGCUGAAAGAGCAGUAUGGUGAAGCGCUUUACCCCACAUCUGACAGUCUUCUCCACGGAACUCACGUGCCAUCUAAGGAAGGGGUUGAUCGAAUGGUUGCAGAUCUUGAAAAACAAAUUGAGAAGCGGGAGAAGUACAGCCGGCGCCGGCCCUACAACGACGAUGCGGACAUCGACUACAUUAACGAGAGGAACGCCAAGUUCAAUAAGAAGGCAGAGAGGUUCUACGGGAAGUACACGGCCGAGAUCAAACAGAACUUGGAGAGAGGAACAGCCGUCUGACCUGUCACCUCUGUGCUUUGCCUGACAGCCCCGCAUCUACUGCAGACUAGUCUAGAGAUUUAGCAGGCAGCUUUAAGUUUUCUCAAAAAAAUAGGUAGACCUUCAUUAAGGAAUUAGCAAAACCAGUUGUUAUUUAAUGUAAUAGAAGUAAUUUACUUAACUUCACCUGUAUAUAGCUUUUACUUGCAGAAGUAACCAGCUUGUGUAAUUUCACAUUCCAAAUAAAGACAAACUGUUGUAACUCAAA